GUCUCGCUGGUCAGCGAAUAGGAAGUGGGGACAACAGCGGGGCUCGUGUUGACGGAAGUGGUCGGUGUAACUGACGGACGGUUUUGAAGCGCCGAGAACCGCGGACGUCUGGGACCGGACGGCAUCCUGGAAGAGCGUCCAGAUGGCCGGCAGAGAAGAGCCGCGUUUCGACCCGAAAGAGCACCAGCACCUGCGGUACAACCCGCUGAGGGACAGCUGGGUCCUGGUGUCUGCCCACCGUAUGAAGAGACCCUGGGCUGGGCAGAUAGAAAAGCCCCCAGAAGAACACAUACCCCGACAUGACCCCACUAACCCUCUCUGCCCAGGGAAUACACGGGCAAACGGAGAGGUGAAUCUAGAUUAUGGCAGCACGUUUGUGUUUGACAAUGACUUCCCUGCCCUGCAGCCAGACGCUCCAGACCCGGGUCCAGAUCAGGAUGUGCUGUUCCAGUCUAAAGCUGCACGGGGUGUCUGGCUGGCAAUAUUUGAGAAUAAAGGAGCUAUGAUGGGUUGUUCGAACCCCCAUCCUCACUGUCAGGUGUGGGCAAGUAACUUCUUACCCAAUGAGCCGGCUCUGUCAGACCGCUGCCAAAGAGCCUACUACCAGAAACAUGGAGAACCUCUGCUGCUGCGGUACGCCAGCCAAGAGGCCGAGAGAAAGGAGCGUGUUGUAGUGGAGAGUUCUCAUUGGUUAGCAGUGGUUCCAUACUGGGCCACAUGGCCCUUCCAGACACUGUUGUUACCACGACAACGACAUGUCCUCAGGCUCAGUGACCUGACCACCAAAGAGAGAGAGGAUCUAGCGGCCAUCAUGAAACGCCUGCUGACCAGGUACGACAACCUGUUUGAAGCCUCCUUUCCCUACUCCAUGGGAUGGCACGGAGCUCCCACUGGUUCCCAUUUGAAGGAGGAAAACGCUCACUGGCAGCUCCAUGCUCACUACUACCCUCCUCUGCUGCGCUCAGCAACUGUCAAGAAGUUCAUGGUGGGAUAUGAGAUGUUGGCUCUGGAGCAAAGAGACCUCACCCCUGAGCAGGCUGCUGAGAGACUGAGGAACCAACCAGAAGAACACUAUAAAACCAGAGACACCCAGAAGGAACGGCAUGGAGAGAAAGAAUGAUGAGACACAACGUGACUGAAAAAAAGAAGAAAAAGAUUGAAUUUAUUAAACGGUUUAAUCAAAAUGUCAAGUCAAGUCAAUUUUAUUUGUAUAGCCCAACAUCACAAAUUACAAAUUUGCCUCAGUGGCCUUUACAGCAACACAACAUCCUGUACUUAGACCCUCUCAUCGGAUAAGGAACAACUCCCUAAAAAAAACUCUUUACCAGGGAGAAAAGCUAGGAAGAAACCUC